AUGGAACAGGCCUAUGUCCGCACCACGUCUGAGGUGUUGAAGCACUUCAACGUCGCUGAAUCCAAGGGCCUCUCUUCACAUCAAGUGGUAGAGGCGCGAAAACGCUAUGGGAGCAAUUCCUUACCAGAAGAUCCUCCCACGCCUUUGUGGCAACUCGUCCUCGAACAAUUCAAGGACCAACUGGUCUUGAUCCUACUUGGUUCUGCUGCGAUUUCAUUCGUACUUGCCCUGUUCGAAGAGUCGGACGACUGGACGGCGUUUGUGGACCCAGUCGUGAUCUUGACAAUCCUCAUCUUGAAUGCUGUUGUAGGUGUCACGCAGGAAAGCAGUGCAGAGAAGGCCAUCGCCGCCCUCCAGGAAUACUCUGCGAAUGAAGCAAAAGUCCUUCGAGAUGGACAAGUCCAAAAGAUCAAGGCUGAAGACCUGGUGCCCGGGGAUAUUGUUACAGUGGCCAUUGGUGAUCGCAUCCCAGCUGAUUGCCGACUUGUGUCCAUACACAGCAACAGUUUCGCGGUUGACCAAGCCAUCUUGACUGGCGAGAGUGAAAGCGUGAGCAAAGACUGCAGGGCGGUUAAAGACGCACAGGCUGUGAAACAGGACCAGAUCAAUAUGCUUUUCUCAGGGACAACUGUUGUCACUGGACAUGCUUCCGCGGUCGUUGUGCUUACCGGAAGCUCUACGGCAAUUGGUGACAUCCAUGAAAGCAUCACCUCACAAAUAUCAGAGCCGACGCCGCUGAAGGAGAAACUGAACGAUUUCGGCGACACUCUUGCGAAGGUGAUUACGGUGAUCUGCAUCCUCGUCUGGCUUAUCAAUAUUCAACAUUUCAACGACCCAUCUCAUGGCGGUAGCUGGGCAAAGGGAGCAAUCUACUACCUUAAGAUUGCUGUCUCUUUGGGUGUUGCAGCAAUUCCAGAAGGUCUAGCCGUUGUCAUCACAACCUGUCUCGCUUUGGGAACAAGGAAGAUGGCCGCAAAGAACGCCAUUGUCCGAAGCCUACCGUCAGUCGAGACUCUGGGAAGCUGCAGUGUCAUCUGUUCUGAUAAAACCGGCACACUCACCACGAAUCAGAUGAGCGUUGAGAAAGUUGUCUACCUCAAUGAAAAUGGUAACGACCUUGAUGAGAUUGAGGUGAAGGGUACAACUUUUGCUCCGAUCGGCGACCUCAUUCAGAACGGUAAGAGACUACAGAACGCAGCAGUUGACUCCGACACACUGAAGCAGAUGUCGGAAGUCCUCGCCCUAUGCAACGAGUCUCAUUUGUCCUACGAUCCAAAGACCAAUACAUACCAGAACAUCGGCGAACCGACAGAGGGCGCUCUUCGUGUAUUGGUUGAGAAGAUCGGCACUGAUGAUGCGGCUACAAACAGCACCAUGAGUGCACUGUCUGGCGCUGAGAGAGUGCACUUUGUCAGCAAGUACUACGAAAGCAAGCUUCCGAUGCAGGCCAUCUACGAGUUCUCCCGUGACCGUAAGAGCAUGUCUGUCUCAGUUGGCAGUGGUCAACAACAAAAGCUGCUUGUUAAGGGUGCCCCCGAGUCCAUCCUUGAACGAUGCUCGCAUGUCCUACUUGGCUCGAAUGGUCGCAAAGCUCCAAUGAACAAGAAACACGUCUCACUCAUUUCCGAAGAAGUAGUCGACUACGGUCGCAAAGGUCUCCGCGUUCUUGCACUUGCUAGCAUCGACAACAUCGGCGACAACAAGCUCCUUCAUAGUGCCAAGAGCACCAGCGAAUAUUCCCAACUUGAACAGAACAUGACGCUGAUCGGUUUGGUUGGCAUGCUCGAUCCUCCACGUCCCGAAGUUGCCGCAUCCAUUCAAAAGUGCAGAGAGGCAGGCAUUCGUGUCAUCGUCAUCACUGGCGACAACCAAAACACCGCCGAGACGAUCUGUAAACAGAUCGGUGUUUUUGGACACGAUGAGGACCUCAGGGGCAAGAGCUACACAGGUCGACAGUUUGAUUCCCUGAGUGAGUCUGAGAAACUCAAAGCUGCAAAGACAGCAUCCCUCUUCUCCCGAGUAGAACCAACCCACAAGUCCAAACUCGUCGAUCUGCUGCAAGCUGCUGGUGAAGUCGUCGCCAUGACAGGUGACGGUGUUAAUGAUGCACCAGCCCUCAAAAAAUCAGACAUCGGUGUCGCCAUGGGCACGGGUACCGAUGUUGCCAAGCUCGCUGCAGACAUGGUUCUCGCAGACGACAACUUUGCUACUAUCGAAGUUGCGAUCGAGGAAGGCCGCACGAUCUAUUCCAACACACAGCAAUUCAUCCGGUACCUCAUCUCCAGCAACAUCGGCGAAGUGGUUUCGAUCUUCCUCACCGCCGCAUUGGGUCUACCAGAAGCGCUCAUUCCUGUACAGCUACUUUGGGUCAAUCUGGUGACUGAUGGUCUUCCAGCUACUGCACUCUCUUUCAACCCAGCUGACCACGAUGUGAUGCGUAGGUCUCCACGCAAACGCGAUGAGCCUUUGGUCAGUGGCUGGUUGUUUUUCAGAUACAUGGUUGUUGGCACGUAUGUUGGCGCGGCUACUGUGUUCGGAUAUGUGUGGUGGUUUAUGUUUUAUUCCUCGGGCCCCCAUAUCUCCUUCGCACAGUUACGCAACUUUCACAAGUGCUCGGCUAUCAACCCACUCUAUGCGAAUGUUGAUUGUGGCAUCUUCGCACCCAACGCCAUAACUAACCGCACUGCAUCGACGAUAUCAUUGUCAAUUCUAGUGGUCAUUGAGAUGUUCAACGCCAUGAACGCACUUUCAAGCUCAGAGUCUUUGCUCACUAUGCCCCUGUGGAAGAAUAUGAAGCUGAUCUACGCAAUUUGUCUAUCUAUGGCACUUCAUUUUGCCAUUUUAUACACACCAUUUUUGCAGGCUUUGUUCUCCAUUGAGCCCCUCAACUUGGCUGAGUGGUCAGCCGUGUUUUGGAUCUCGGCACCCGUGAUAUUUAUUGACGAGGCACUGAAGGUAUUGGAAAGAGCAAUGUUUAUCAGCAACACCGAGGCAGCGGUUGAGGCGCACAAGAGCGAAGGAAAUGGAUCCGUGGCCAAUGGAAAGGUCAAGGCAAAUUAG